UUCCCUGCGCCUCCCGACCCGGUGCGGGCCCGCCCGCAGGCUCCUCUGCUGUCCGUGCGUCGCAGCUCUCUGGCUUUUGAGGCCAGGGCCAUUUGUGGCCUCCCGGUGCUGUUUAGAUGGGGUGGAGGGACAAUCAUGUCUGGUGGUGAACCAGAGCCAAGAUGCUACUAUGUGGGUGUGGAUGUUGGAACCGGCAGUGUCCGUGCGGCUCUGGUGGACCAGAGAGGGGCGCUCUUGGCUUUUGCAGACCAGCCAAUUGACAAAUGGGAGCCUCAGUUCAACCACCAUGAGCAGUCCUCUGAGAAUAUCUGGGCCGCUUGCUGUGUUGUCACAAAGAAAGUUGUACAAGGGAUUGAUAGAAGCCAAAUCCGAGGACUUGGGUUUGAUGCCACAUGUUCUCUGGUUGUCUUGGAUAAGCAGUUUCGUCCUUUACCUGUAAACCAUGAAGGUGAUUUCCAUAGGAACAUCAUCAUGUGGCUGGACCACCGAGCCAUCAGUCAGGUCCAAAAGAUCAACGAGACCAAGCACCGUGUUCUCCAGUAUGUGGGGGGCAUGAUGUCUGUGGAGAUGCAGGCCCCGAAGCUCCUGUGGCUAAAAGAGAACUUGAGAGAGACUUGCUGGGAUAAGGCGGGACAUUUCUUUGAUCUUCCAGACUUUUUAUCGUGGAAGGCAACAGGUGUCACAGCACGGUCUCUCUGUUCCCUGGUGUGCAAAUGGACAUACUCAGCAGAGAAAGGCUGGGAUGACAGUUUCUGGAAGAUGAUUGGUUUGGAAGACUUUGUUGCUGAUAAUUACAGUAAGAUAGGAAAUGAAGUGCUGUCUCCUGGGGCUUCUCUUGGAAGUGGGCUCACACCAGAGGCAGCCAGAGAGCUCGGCCUUCCUGUCGGCACUGCAGUGGCGGCCUCACUCAUUGAUGCCCAUGCAGGAGGACUAGGAGUGAUUGGAGCAGACGUGGCAGGUCACGGCCUUAUCUGUGAGGGCCAGCCAGUGACAUCACGGCUGGCUGUCAUCUGUGGAACAUCUUCUUGUCACAUGGGGAUCAGCAAAGACCCCAUUUUUGUACCAGGCGUGUGGGGGCCUUAUUUCUCAGCCAUGGUCCCUGGGUUCUGGCUGAAUGAAGGUGGUCAGAGCAUUACUGGAAAACUGAUAGACCACGUGGUGCAGGGGCACGCUGCCUUCCCAGAACUACAAGCCAAGGCCACCACCAGAUGCCAGAGUGUAUAUGCAUAUUUGAACAGUCACCUGGAUCUGAUUAAGAAGGCUCAGCCUGUGGGUUUCCUCACUGUUGAUUUACAUGUUUGGCCAGAUUUCCAUGGCAACCGGUCUCCCUUAGCAGAUCUGACACUAAAGGGCAUGAUCACAGGAUUGACAUUGUCUCAGGACCUUGAUGAUCUUGCCAUCCUCUACCUGGCCACAGUGCAAGCCAUUGCUUUUGGGACCCGCUUCAUCAUAGAGGCCAUGGAGGCAGCAGGGCACUCUAUCAGUGCUCUUUUCUUGUGUGGUGGCCUGAGUAAGAAUCCUCUUUUUGUGCAGAUGCAUGCAGAUAUUACUGGCAUGCCUGUGGUCCUGUCACAAGAGGUGGAGUCUGUUCUUGUGGGUGCUGCCAUUCUGGGUGCCUGUGCCUCGGGGGACUUCGCUUCUGUACAGCUUCUGAAGAUAUCAUCAGCUGUCUGUGAUUUCUUAUCUUCAGAGGCAGGGUCUUUCCAAGACUACUUUUACAAAACAAGCUUUAAUUCCUACAAUGCAAUUUAUCUUAAAAGGACACCUUCCCCUCAACCACCCAAGCAGUGCAAGAAUCUAAGUGAAUAUCAGCACUGAAGACAGUGACGAAAGACCCAAAUAAGCUCAGCAGUGAUUGUCGGGAGUGGCAGUGUAGAGAAUGCAAGCGCAGUUCAUCAGAACCUUCCCUACACCACUGAGUGGGCAGGCGGCGCCACUCUAUAGGCACAGCUCCAUCCACUGCUGCUGUCUGCUCUCCUCGUCAGGGUCCAGAACACUCCCUUGUCUCCCAGACCACUCGUGUAAGUGGCCAGCUGAGGACCGUGAUUCGUCAGUCCAUCUGUAAUGUGUCUCCCCGAAAUCGGCUCUGGGCUGACCAGUGCUCGGCCCUCACAAGCCCCUAAGACCAUCCUCAUUUCCCUGAAACCUCAGCUUCCAUCUUGUAGAACCGUUACACCCAUCGCCUAUUAUGCACUUGAAAACCUGUGAUUUUGUGUAUGAUAUACCAAAUUUCUCCAGUUAUUUUAUUGUGUGACAGCCAGCGGGCUGUGAGUUUUAGUCCAAUUUGGUUUUCUGUCUUCUUGAGUACUAGUUUUAUCCUUUACGAAGUAAAACUGAUUUUCUCAACUUCCGUGUCCUUGGAAAGACUGAAGUGUCGUGAAUGUUCAGAAGUAAGAACCGUCCUAUUACCUACUGAAUUCAGUCAAAGCUUGUGUUUGGUUUGUUCCACCUUGUUCUGAAAUACUAAUAAUUCGUGUUC